AUGGCUUCAAGCCACACUUCUCUCCGGGACCGUCAGAUCAGAUCGAUUGAGCGCAUGCUCAACCUGAAUCACGAAUCUGAAGAACCAGAAAACGCCCACGACCAGAACACGAAUGGGCUUGCAAUACCUUCUGCGCCCCUCCUCAACUCAGAUGGAGACCCAAUCUGGAAAGUCUUGGUCUUCGACGACCUUGGAAGAGAUGUAAUUAGCAGCGUCCUAAGAGUCAACGACCUACGGACAUGGGGGGUCACGAUGCACAUGCACAUUGCUUCCAAUCGACACCCCAUACCAGAUGUUCCAGUGCUAUAUCUAGUCGAGCCCACACCCUCUAAUCUACAAGCCAUCACGACAGACCUCUCCCGCGGACUAUAUUCCCCGGCGUAUAUCAACUUCCUCUCCUCGAUACCUCGGCCACUCCUCGAAGACUUUGCUAGGCAAACGGCGGAAGCUGGAACUUCGGAAAGCAUCGCCCAAUUUUACGACCAGUACUUGAAUUUUAUCGUUGGGGAGCCAGAUUUAUUCAGUCUCGGACUGAGGAACGAGAAUGCGUACCAUGUGCUGAAUAGUGGGCAGACCACUGACGCACAAUUGGACCAUGUAAUAGACAAGAUAGUGAGCGGAUUAUUCAGUGUUAUGGCCACCAUGGCUGUUAUGCCGAUCAUACGAUGUCCAAGAGAUGCAGCGGCGGAAAUGAUAGCUGCUAAGCUCGAUCGCAAAUUGCGAGACCACAUACUGAAUUCCAAAGACAAUCUGUUCUCGGCUCCCACAAGUCGAAACUCCUCUACGCCAUCAUCGCGACCAGUCCUCAUUAUUUUAGACCGAAAUGUAGAUUUGAUACCCAUGCUUUCCCAUUCUUGGACAUACCAAUCAUUAGUCCAUGACGUUCUCAAUAUGAAGCUCAACCGUAUAACAGUUGAGAAUCCUGUCGACGAAGAAAAUCCAUCGAAAGGCAUAACGAAGAAAGCGUAUGACCUCACAUCAAACGAUUUCUUCUGGAGCAAGAAUGCUAGUAUACCAUUUCCGCAGGUGGCAGAGGACAUCGAUGCUGAAUUGUCUCGGUAUAAGGACGAUGCAAAUGACAUUACGAAGAAAACAGGAGCAUCGUCUAUUGAGGACCUGCAGAAUGAUACCAGCGCUUCUGCCCAGCAUCUGAAAGCUGCAAUUACACUUUUGCCCGAGCUACGGGAACGUAAGGCGGUGCUUGAUAUGCACAUGAACAUUCUUGCUGGUCUCUUGACCGGUAUCAAGAACCGUCAGUUGGACAACUACUACCAAUUGGAGGAAAACAUCACCAAGCAGACCAAAGCACAGAUGUUGGAGGUUUUGAGUGAUGAAAGCAAAGGCAACAAUCCAACAGAUAAAUUACGACUUUUCAUCAUCUGGUACUUGAGUACAGAACAAGAGAUUUCACGAGGGGAGCAGGAGAAGUUUGAGGAAGCAUUGAAGACAGCGGGAGCAGACAUCUCGUCUCUCCCAUAUAUCAAGCAAGUCGCAAAACUCACCAAAAAGACAAUGAUGUCGACCACCUCCCAAGCCGCACCUCAGUCAUCCGCUUCUACUCAGCUAUUCUCCCAAUUCAGCGGCAUUUCAUCUCGUUUGACCUCCUCUCUCAAAGAGUCGGGUGUUGGUGCCAACUUUGAAAAUCUCAUCUCCGGCGUUAAGAAUUUCUUACCUGCAAAUAGGGAUCUUACAGUAACAAAAAUCACUGAAUCCAUCAUGGACCCCGCAAGCGCAAGCAGCAGUGCGAUUGCUAAGACAGAAGACUAUCUGUAUUUUGACCCAAGAUCCGCAAAUGCAAGAGGCACGAUGCCACCUCCGAGUGUAGCACGUAAGGGCGACCAAAUGCCGGGUUCUCUAGGUGGCCACGGUCCCGGUACUGGUGCUACGUUUGGCCAGAGGAGACAAGGCUUCAGUGAAGCUAUUGUGUUCACUGUCGGCGGUGGCAGUAUGGAUGAAUAUGGUAAUCUCCAGGAGUGGGCAAAACGAACGGGGGCUGGAGGUAGUGGUGCCGAGAAGGGCGCUGGAAAGCGGAGGGUUGUAUAUGGUAGUACGGAGCUGGUUAAUGCGCAGGAGUUCUUGGGGAGUGAGCUAGGAAAAUUAGGUGGUGAAUUCAGUUAG